AUGAGGCUGUGGCCAAGAGGCCUGGUCCUCCAGCCGCUCAGGUGUGCCCAGCGAUACUGGAGGCCUUACAGGCAGCCUCCACCUGCCCCUCCGAAGAUUGUGACCACUUGGGAAGCCAUCAGCCUGGGGCAACAGCCGGUGCCCACGUACUUCAACUUUGCCCGUGAUGUGCUAGACACGUGGACUCAGCUGGAAAAGGCUGGACAUCGACCCUUGAAUCCUGCGUUCUGGUGGGUGGACGGCAAGGGAGCUGAGGUCAAGUGGAGCUUCGAGGAGCUGGGGGAGCAGUCCAGGAAGGCAGCUACUGUGCUGAGGGACGUGUGUGGCCUGCAGCCUGGCGACAGAGUGAUGCUGGUGCUCCCGAGGGCCCCAGAGUGGUGGCUGGCCACUGUGGCUUGCAUGCGGACAGGGGCCGUUAUGAUUCCGGGGACCUCUCAGCUAACCGAGAAGGACCUCCAGUACCGGCUGCAGGUGUCCAGGGCCAAGUCCAUUAUCACCACUGACUCCUUGGCUCCGCGGGUGGAUGCCAUUAGCACCGGCUGCCCCACCCUCCAGACCAAACUGCUGGUGUCAGACGGCAGUCGGCCAGGCUGGGUGAACUUCAGGGAACUCCUUCGGGAGGCAUCUCCAGAGCACAACUGCGUGAGGACCAAAAGUCAAGACCCACUGGCCAUCUACUUCACGAGUGGCACUACUGGGGCCCCCAAGAUGGUGGAGCACUCCCAGGCCAGCUAUGGGCUGGGUUUUGUGGCCAGUGGAAGGCGCUGGGCAGCCUUGACAGAAUCAGAUAUCUUUUGGAACACAACUGACACUGGCUGGGUGAAGGCAGCCUGGACCCUCUUCUCUGCCUGGCCUAACGGGUCUUGCAUUUUUGUUCAUGAGCUGCCUCGAGUCGAUGCGAAGGUUAUCCUGAAUACUCUCUCCAGGUUCCCUGUCACCACCCUCUGCUGUGUCCCCACCAUCUUCCGGCUGCUUGUGCAAGAGGAUCUGACCAGGUACCAGUUUCGGAGCCUGAGGCACUGUUUGACUGGAGGAGAGGCCCUCAGUCCUGAUGUGAGGGAGACAUGGAAGAGCCAGACGGGCUUGGAGCUGCAUGAAGGCUACGGCCAGUCUGAGACUGGUGUUAUCUGCUCCAAUGCAAGAGGCACAAAGAUCAAGUCUGGGUCCAUGGGGAGAGCAUCUCCGCCUUAUGACGUGCAGAUUGUGGACGAUGAAGGCAACACCCUGGGCCCAGGGGAAGAGGGAAAUGUUGCUGUCCGCAUCCGACCAACCCGGCCCUUCUGUUUCUUCAACUGCUACUUGGACAAUCCCGAGAAGACAGCAGCAUCAGAACGAGGGGACUUCUACAUCACAGGGGACCGAGCCCACAAGGAUGAGAACGGCUACUUUUGGUUCAUGGGAAGAAAUGAUGAUGUGAUCAAUUCCUCAAGCUACCGGAUCGGGCCUGUAGAAGUGGAGAGUGCCCUGGCUGAGCACCCAGCUGUCCUGGAGUCUGCUGUGGUCAGCAGCCCGGACCCUAUCAGAGGAGAGGUGGUAAAGGCAUUUGUAGUCCUUUCUCCAGCCUACUCCUCUCAUGACCCAGAGAAACUAACCCGGGAACUCCAGGAGCACGUGAAAAGGGUGACUGCUCCGUACAAGUACCCCAGGAAGGUGGCCUUUGUUUCAGAACCCAAAGACGGUUUCUGGAAAGAUCCAAAGGAGUAAACUGAGAAACCAAGAAUGGGGGAGAUAAGAGGCAACCCCAGAAGGUCCCACAGGCUCCCCGAAGCUUCAAAGGAGACCUGGGGAAUACUUGUUACACCUACCCGGGUAGCCCUCCUUCAGACAAAGGCUUUCAACUUCCAAAUGGGCAUCUUCAGAAUCAGGGAUGACUUUGGAAGAGAGCAGAAGCACGUCACUAAUGCUGCAUGUUUACCACUAUCCACUCUGACAUUUGCUUAAUGAUCUGAAUCAUCCCUCUCCCUGGAGGCUUUUGGGAAGCUGCCUACUGGUUUGGACCUCCAGAGUUCUCAGCAGGCAGGCCUUCCAAAGGGCACAUCACUUAUGACCUUACUCACUGCCACUUAACCUUUUUGG